UUUCCGUUCCUCUAAGUGUCAAGUACAGAGGCUGUAACACAUGUCACAAAGAGGAAAAGAUAUUUUAGGACUGUGCACCGCAGCAGCGAGGACCUUGCCUGUGGCUUGGCAUUGCAGCGUAAGCUCAGUGUUGGAUUAUGGAGAGGAACUUGACAUACCAGCUGGGCAGAGGCGGCUCUGAGGACAUGUCGGUGGGUUACACAUUGCCAACAUCUGACUCCCCUGCAGCCUAUGAAUCCGCCUUCUACUACCCAGACCUGGGCAUCAUCUGUAAUACUGAAAAUAUUCCGGCAUUUUCAUCUACCUUUUUUCCAGUGCUGUACUCCCUACUGUUUGUGGUAGGCCUUGUGGGAAAUGCUUUGGUGAUUUGGGUUCUAACAGUUUUCAAGAAAAUCAAGACCAUGACUGACGUGUAUCUGCUGAACCUCGCCAUCUCUGACCUUCUCUUUGUUUUCUCCCUCCCCUUCUUGGUUCGGUACUCCAUUAUGAGUCAAUGGACUUUUGGAAAUGCUAUGUGUAAGAUCAUCAGCUCAGCUUAUUUCAUUGGUUUCUACAGCAGCGUCUUCUUCAUAACCAUCAUGAGCAUUGACAGGUACUUGGCCAUAGUCCAGUCUGUCUAUGCUCUGAAGAUUCGAACAGCUGCCCAUGGGGCUAUCACCAGCCUUGUUCUUUGGGUAAUUGCCAUUUUAGCAUCAAUGCCAGACUUAAUUUUUUACCAGGAAGUAAAUGACAAUAACCAGAUUAAAUGCAUCCCUCACUAUCCUGGUGGCAACAAUGGCUGGAAGACUUUCAGUAAUUUUGAAGUCAACAUCCUGGGGUGGUUGAUCCCUGUUGGUGUCCUCAUUUUCUGCUACCACAGCAUCUUGAAAAACCUGCAGAAGUGCCAUACCCAGAACAAGUACAAAGCAAUAAAACUGGUUUUUAUUGUUGUAAUUGUGUUCUUCCUCUUCUGGACUCCCAUCAACAUUGUGCUUUUUUUGGACUCUCUAAGGAACAUGUACAUCAUUGAUGACUGCCAGACAAGCCAAAGGCUAGACCUAGCUGUGGAGCUGGCUGAGGCUCUCUCCUUUGUCCACUGCUGCCUCAACCCAGUUAUCUAUGCCUUUGUGGGUGAGAAGUUCAAGAAGCAUCUCUGUGAAGCUUUCAGAAAAUCUCCAUGUUUUCUCUUGAUCUGCAAAGACUACAGAGCUUUCAGUGGACGCAGCCUGGACAAGAACUCCUCUCUGCACACAAGGUCCUCACAGUCGUCUUCUGUUGGUACAGUCUUGUAGAACUACAAGUCAAAAACUAUCAUCCUGGACAGGUGACCUAAAGCUGAGAAAUCCUACCAGAAGGGAAUCCACAGAGAUGGACUAUUUGUGAAACAUUUUAUGACAGGAAAAGUGGAAGCAGCUGCUUGAUUUUGCUUUUAGUGUUGUUACUUUUUAGAGUCUUCUUUAGCAUCUCCCUCCUUUUCCCCUAGCACAGCCUGCCCUGCCUGCUUCAUAAAAGGGUGGUGGAAAUUACCAGCAGACUCCCACAUUGCCUGAGCAGCAUGGAAAGGUGCCUUAGAAACAUAUCUUCCACCUCUCAGAUUCAGUACUGAAAGGAACUGUUUUAUGUUUCCGAACUCUGGACACUUGGCUGCUCCUUCCCUGGUCUCAGCAGAGUGAAUUGGCUUUGUGAGCAGGGAUGGGGCUCACUGCAGGAGUGGGAACCUGCUCUUUGGAGGGAAAUGGUAUCCAAGUUUAAGGUGUCAUGGCAGGGACUGACUCCCAGUUGACAUGUCUGAAUGAGGCUUUCAGCCCAAAAAGAGCCUAGUGAAUAAUUGGAUAAGCAACAAAGAAAUAAAUGCUGUCCAUGUGUUUUUGUGAAAUCAAUGUGAAUUAAUAUCUAAGUAUGAUCUUGACACCCCAUCUGUUACCAGGGCCUGCAGCUUCUUGGCUGGAAAGGUUUGGAAGCUGUAGCCCUAUAAAUAAUGCUGUGAGUGUCAAAAAACAGCACUUACAGGAAUGAAUGAGACCUGUAGGAACAGGCGGAGGAAUAGUUACCAGGAAAAAGGCUGAAGAGUGGAAAAAUUAGUGAGUGUGAGCUGAGAGAGU